CUAAACAUGCAUGAUGAAGAAGACUAUUAGUCUAUUAUUGAUGUCCUGCAGUUGAAUUGAGACAUCACUAUUAUUGAUAAGAUGCUGGCCCGCAUAAAUAAUGUUGUCCAGCACUCAUGAAUCAUGCCACCGACGCUACUGCUAAGGCGACAUUCAUUCAUUCCUUCUCUCACGCAUUCAAGCAAUUCACAGUAUUGUUGCUCUGCUUUUGGAUAAUCUACCUCUCUGAGAAACAAACAGAUUGUUUUCGCAUUCCUCAUCCGGUGCUCUGAGGGAAGGAUAAAGGAUUUGAAGAGCUAACUAGCUUCAUUCAUACCAGAAAAGGAACCAUGCAUGUUCGUCUUGUCCUAGUGUAAAUCAUAUUUAAUUGAUUUAUGUGGGUGUAUAUUUAUAAAUACUUGACCAGAAAUGGAGAUUCUUGCUGCAAUUGCCGGAAAACUUGCCGAGUACACAGUUGCACCAAUAGGACGCCAAGUGGGUUAUCUAGCUCACUACAAAAGCAACUGUCAAAACCUCCUGACCAAGGUUGAAGACCUGCGUGAUGCCAGAGACGAGGUUCAACAAAAGGCUGAUGAAGUUGAGAGCAGCGGUAAAAGAAUCUCGACCAGUGUCCGGAAGUGGAAGACAAGAGUGGAUGCAAUCAUCCCAGAGGCAGAGACAUUCUUGAAUGAUGGACGCCAUGCACAGACUGCAUGUCUCCAUGGCUUUUGUCCUAAGUUGGUGCUCUGUUAUCAGCUAAGCAAGAAAUCAACAAAAUUGGUGAAGGAAAUUGUUGAGCUCCUUGGAAAAAAGGAGUUUUCCAAUUUUGCAUUUAAUGUUCGUCCACAAGAGGUAUGUCUCUUAUCUACCGGGCAUUACCAUGCAUUUGAUUCAAGAAAUUCAACUGUGAUGAGAGUCAUGGAUGAACUCAGAAAUAAUAAUACAGAAAUGAUUCUAGUAUGGGGAAUUGGUGGAGUAGGGAAGACCACACUUGUUGAAGAAGUUCUUAGGCAAGCUAAGAACUUAUUUGAUGAUGUGGUGAUGGUGAGAGAUGUGAAAGAGAACCCAGACCAUGAAAAAAUCCAAAAAGAAAUUGCCAUGAAGUUAGGUAUGAGCAUUGACGAAAAUCAUACUCUAGCUGAAAGAGCAUCCAUUCUAUGCAAUAGGAUAAAAGACAAGAGAACUCUUGUAGUUUUAGACGAUGUUUGGGAAAAAAUUAAUCUGGGGGCUAUCGGACUUCCCCGCUUGGUUACUUGUAAGGUAGUGCUGACAUGUAGAAGUCGAAAGGAACUGUCCUUCGAUAUGCGUACACAAACAGAUAUUCCACUUGAUGUUUUAAAUGAAAAGGAAGCAUGGAGUUUAUUUGAGAAGAUGGCUGGUGAUGUUGUCAAAGAUGGCCGCAUACGAAACGUAGCAAUUGAAGUAGCUAAAAAAUGUGGAGGUUUGCCGGUCUUGAUUGUUACGGUUGCAAGAGCUGUAAAAGACAGAAACAAUAUUCGUGCAUGGAAAGACACCUUGAGACGCCUUGGAGGCUUUGACAACAAAGAAUUUACGGAAAAAGCAUACUUGGCUCUUGAGUGGAGUUAUGAUCAAUUGGAAGAUAAAGAGCUUAAACCAUUGUUCUUGCUUUGUGGGAUUAUUGUAGUUAAGAACCAUAUUUAUUUGGCAGACUUGUUGAAAUAUGGUUUUGGGUUGGGUUUAAUAAAAAAUGUCAAUACAAUAGAAGAAGCACGAGAUGCAUUGGAUCCACUGGUUGAAAAGCUUAAAGAUUCUUGCUUGUUGCUGGACAGUGAUAUUAAUAUGCAUGUUAGAAUGCAUGAUCUCGUAUGCGAGGUUGCUGCGAGGAUUGCAUCCAAAAAACACCACGUCUUAUCGGUUGGAUAUGGUGGUGAAUUGAAAGAAUGGCCUGAUAAGGAUUUCUGUAAAAGGUGUAGCAAGAUGUCUUUAAAAUCCAACAAUAUUCCUAUGCUUACUCAAGUAUCUGGGGAAUGCCAGAAACUAGAAAUGUUUUAUUUGUACAAUAAAGGUGUUGCAUCGGUGGAAAUUCCUUCCAACCUUUUUAAUGAAAUGGAGAAACUGAAAGUGUUGGGUUUAACUGAAGUGGAUAUGGUGUCCCUACCUUCAUCUCUUCAGUUGUUGAAGAAUGUUCAGACAUUGUGUUUAGAAGACUGCGAGUUGGAAGAUGUAGCUCUAGUUGGACAUCUAAGCAAGUUAGAAAUUCUUAGCUUUGCGCGGUCCAAAAUUAAAGAGCUACCCAAAGAAAUAGGGCAAUUGAUUCGACUGAGAUGGUUGGAUUUGAGUGAUUGUGCCAAACUUGAAGUGAUUUCACCGGGUGUUAUUUCAAGGUUGAAAAGACUAGAAGACUUAACAAUGAGAAACGUCCGUCUUGAAUGGGAGGCUGAAAGGGGAGGAAGUAAUGCUAGUCUUUUUGAGCUGAAUGACUUGUCUCAACUAACUGCAUUGGAGAUAUAUAUUCGAGAUGCUAAUAUUCUUCCAUCAAACUUGUUCUCCAGUAAGUUGGUAAGAUACCAAAUAUAUAUUGGCAAUGUUUGGAAUUGGAAAGGUAUGGCUGAACCAACCCUCAACACGCUAAAACUGAAGCUCGCUCCCAGCGAUGAAUUGGACCACGGUAUCAAAACAUUGUUGAAGAGAUCUGAAGAUUUGUCUUUCGAUGGAACAGAGAGUGUUAAAAAUAUUGCCCGUCAAUUACAUGCUGAAGAUUUUCAGCAACUGAUACACCUCCGUCUCCAAAACAAUGUUGAUUUCACCUAUAUCAUUAAUAGGAAGGUUGUGUUCCCCAACUUAACAACUUUGAGCGUAUCUAGCUGUGAUCAUCUAAGAUUCUUGUUCUCAUUUUCUAUGGCUCAAAGUCUGGUGGAGCUCAAGCAUCUCAUAGUAUCCUCAUGUGCAAUAAUGAAAGCGAUAGUAUCAACAAGAGAUCAAUCUAAUGGAGAAAAUAUCGAUAUCAUGUUUCGUAAGUUGAAAAGUCUAACAUUACAGCAACUCCCAAACCUCAAUAGAUUCUUUACUGAAAGUUGUAUUGAAUUUCCCCCCGUGAAGAAAUUUGAUACAGAGUCAGGGGCAUCCAUCUUUGAUCCUACAAGCAGUAAAAAACUUGAUGUCGAGAGUAGGACUGCUGCACAAUCCUGUCUUUUUGACGCACAGGUAAAAUUUCCGAGCUUGGAGAGAUUGAAAAUCUAUGAGCUAGGGAAGUUGCAGACACUAUGGAACAACCAACCUGUUGAUCAAGACUCUUUUUCAAGACUCAAAGAAGUUAAUGUUUCCGACUGCAACAGUGUAACGAAUGUGUUUGUGCCUAGAAUGAUGGGGAGACUGAAUGCUCUAGAAACCUUAGACAUAUCCAAUUGCGACUCACUAGAAGUGGUAUUCGAAGCGGAGGAAAUUAUUGACGGUGAACAAGGACUGGAAACAGAGCCUCCACAUUUCGUGUUCCCAAAAGUAACACGUGUGGAAUUUUCUGAUCUGCCCAAACUGAGUAGGUUCUAUUCAGGGAUUCAUGUUUCCAAGUGGCCGUUGCUCAAAGAACUGUCUAUUGAUGGCUGUGGUAAAGUAGUGAAGAUAUUUGCUGCAGAACUUCCAAUUUUUCCGGAAAAACAUGAGCCAAACCCUCUAAUUGGACAAUCUCUCUUUCUAGUUGACAAGGAUUCAUUCCCCAAUUUAGAAGACUUAAUCCUGGAAGAAUUUGCGGGUGAGAUUUGGUACGGUCCAUCAUCAUCCCCAGCAGCACACUUCUUUCCCAAAUUGAAAACUAUUCGGUUGUUCAAGUGGGCAACGUUCUCCAAGCAAGCCGCAAUACAUUUCCUUGAGAAAUUACCGAAUUUUGAGGAGAUAGUAGUGGGCUGGGAUGAUUUUUCCACGGAAAUAUUUGUGAAUGAAGAAAUUAAUGGCGGUGAGGAGCUACAUGCAGUAAAAACUUUGAGGGUCGAACACAUGCCCAAGCUCUUGCAAUUAGGGAAUGGGAACUCUCAAACAGCGGGCCCACUUUUCCCAAACUUGGUCACUCUUCAGGUGUUUGAUUGUGGGAUGUUAAAGAGUGUAGAAUCCGCAGCAAUAUCCUUCCGCAAUCUAACAACUCUGAGCGUAGGGUAUUGUGGUGGAUUGGAAUACUUGACAAGUUAUUCCGUAGCUAAGAGCUUAAUGCAACUGACAACACUGAGAGUGAGCUUUUGUAGAAGCCUGAGAGCAAUUAUAGGGGCAAGCAACGAAGAUGAUCAUGAUGACACAGGAGCAACUUGUGAGAUUGCUUUCACCCGGUUGCAACAUUUGACACUUUCCUAUCUACCAAGACUGCAAGGCUUUUGCUCGGGAAAUUGCAUUGUCAGACUCCCAUCCUCAACACAGUUGGAUGUCAUUGGCUGCGGGAUUGAGUUGAAGAUUUCUUCUCAAGGGGUCCUGCUCAGUAAUCGAAAACCAGAAAGAGUACAAAUAGCAAAACCAGAAAUAGCGGAGGAGGUAGAUGAUAAUGGUGACGGAGAAAAAGAAAAAGAUGAGGAUGUUGGCACGAGUCGCCAAGACAUUGAAGAUAGACAAGAAUAAAAACCGAAACCCACACAAAAUUUCGACUCUGAAAAUCGCAACUCCGGCGAGUAGAAGAAGAAGAAGAAGAACAAACGAGGAGGUUGAAAUUCUUCCCUCAUUGAUAAGACGGAUGAAGGAGUUUCAAGAUCCCCAGGGAUUCCAUUGAAGGUGCAUUUGAGAUGGCGUGGUUAUUAAUUAUCUCUUCUAUGAUUGUAAUUUGGAUAGCUUUUCUGUUCAAAAUUCUCCAUGGUGCAUACUCACCUUCCAAGGGUGCUUUUGUGAAUGAUUCUAAUAAUGGUGGCAGUGCCAAGAAGAGAAAUGUGUUGCUGGUUGUUUCCCACCCAGAUGAUGAGUCCAUGUUCUUCACUCCAACAAUAAACUACCCCACUUCGAGAAGGCAUUAUAUUCACAUCUUAUGCUUGUCAAUUGUCGCUGCGAGAUUGAGUUGAAGAUUUCUUCCGAAGGUGUCCAACCCAGAAAGAGUACAAAUAGCAGAGGAGGCAGAUGAUAAUGAUGAUGGAGAAAAAGAAAAAGAUGCCGACUGUUGGCACGGCUCAGUGAAAUAUUUCAACAGGGCAGGCUAAUUGCUGAAACAGACAUUGCCAGACUCCAUUUAAAUUCACUCCUGCAAGCAAGCUCAACGAAACAAGUCCAGAAGGCCGGUGUAAGAUUGAUCUGCCGCUGCGUAUUUGUGAAAUGCUUGGGAUGCUUACCAUGAAGAAUGAAGAAGCAUAUAGUGGAUGCCCUGUAAUGUCACUACGUCAGGGUCUAUUUAAA